AUGCAAUUUGGCCCCCAAGCUGUCUCCUGGAAAGAGCCAAAUUUGACAUAUCAAAUUAAUACAGCAGCAGGAAGAGACAGUCAAGCCCAUGGUGAUCAUAUGAUUCAGUGCCUAUUGACUGGCCUACAAGUCAUUUCCCCUAAGGCUGUCAAUUUUGACAAACUCAGGGAAAUUACCCAAACUAGAGAUGAGCACCCAGCCAUUUUCCUUAAUUGUCUCACCGAAUACCUGACACAGUAUACUUGCUUAGAUCCUACCUCUCCAGCAGGAGCCACAGUCCUAGCUACUCAUUUUAUCACUCAUUCAACUUUUGAUAUCAAGAAUAAACUUAAAAAGUCUGAGGAUGGCCCCCAAACACCCAUACAAGACCUGUCCCCACCCCUUAUUUACUGGAUUCCUCUAAAUCCUUCCCCUGAUGAAAAACAAGAAUGUAAAUCUCAAGAUCGAAAGAGCUCCCAGUAUUCUUGUCCAGAUUACUGGGUUACUUAUCAAAACAGAUGCUAUUAUUUCUCUAAAGAAGAGAAAGAAUGGAAUUCAAGUAACAACUACUGUUCUACUCUCAAUUCUACUCUAACUUCAAUUGACAUGAAAGAAGAGAUGGGCUUUUUGAGGCACUACAAAUGCAAUUCUGAUUACUGGAUUGGACUGACAAUGAAAAAAGAUCAAACUGGAAAAUGGGUAAAUGGAACUAUAUUUAACAACUGGUUUCCUGUGGAAGGGAGUAAAAGAGGAUGUGCUUAUCUCGGUGAUGAUGGUGUGGCAGCAGCGACAUGCUAUACAGAAAGAAAAUGGAUUUGCAAGAAAAAUAUGCUCAAUUUAAAUUGA